AUGCGGUCGCUUCCCGAUGAGGUACAAGAUGUCAUCAAGCGGUUUACCGUCGACCAUCUGAAGCUAGAAGAGAUCAGCGGGAAAAUUGAGGCCCAGAUGAAGGAGGGCUUGGCCCGAAAAGGUGCCUCUUCGAUCGCCAUGCUACCAUCUUAUGUGCCAGCACUUCCCGAUGGCUCAGAGGUGGGCCAAUAUGUGGCCAUCGAUUUGAGCGGGAAGAAUCUGCGAAUUAUGUUGCUUACACUAACUGGGCCCGGACAAGAUCCGAACGCUGUAAACAACAAUUACAUCGUCCCAAACCAUGUCAUGAAGGGGACUGGAGACCAGCUAUUUACCUUCAUCGUAAAUUGCCUGCAGCGGUUUCUGCAAGAAUUUGGAUUAGUUGACGCAAAUUUACCGAUUGGGUUCGUCUUCUCUUAUCCGUGUGAGCUGUUGUCGAUUCGCUCGGCUCGCCUUCUUUGGUGGACAAAGGGGUUCGACAUCAAGGAUUGCCUUCAAAAAGAUGUAGUGGCGCUUCUAGAAGAGGCCCUGGAAAUGAAUAUGUCAACAAAGGCCCAAAUAAAAGCCGUGAUGAAUGACACGGUCGGGCAACUGGCAGCGGCUGCUCACAAAUAUGGACCUACGUGUACGAUUGGAGUUGUUAUUGGAUACGGAUGUAACUCUUCUUACCUGGAGAAGACGCAAAAUAUUGGAAAAUUCGAUGCUGCUACGGCCGGUUAUCAUCACCCUAGCAUGGUCGUCGUCACCGAAUGGGAGGAAUUCGGCUCAAAUGGCGAGCUCGAUGAAAUUCUGACGCAGUUCGAUACCGAAAUCGACAAAGCAUCGGUGCAUCAGGGAAAACAAAUCAUCGACAAGCUCACCGGUGCCCUUUAUCUCGGAGAAUUGGUCCGACGAGUGUUGUGGCAGUUGUCGCUUGAUGGUUGCCUAUUCGAAGGGCAGCAAUGCGAACGCCUGGAGUUGACCGACACCUUCCCGACCAAAUAUAUACUGGAAAUACUUGGUGAAGAAGAGGGUAGCUAUCGCGUUUGCCGUCGAGUAUGCGACGAGCUGGAAGUGCCGUCCCAUGGAUCAUCAGAUUAUGCUAUCAUCCGCGAAGUUGCUCAUGCAGUCAGUCAACGCAGCGCUUCGAUUGUUGCUGCAGCCAUCGCUGCACUGCUUCGCCUUGUCGGGCAUGAUCGCGUCCGAAUCGGAGUUGGCGGCGCCUUGAUUCAGUUCCACCCAACCUACCACGUCUUGCUGGAAAACGCACUGAGGACAUUAGCUCCUGCAGAGUGUCACUGGGAGUUGGUCGCCGCUGAUGAGGGCAGCGCCAAGGGAGCCGCAAUGAUUGCAGCCGUGGCCGAAAAGCUUCAUCUC